GACCUAAAGCUCCAAUGGUGGGUCAUCAUCUGACUAAGACCCACGUCAGGAAACACUUGCCCUGUUUCCUGACGAACCUUACCUAACCUAACCUAACUGGAGAGCACAGCAAUGUUGGCAGAGGAUGAGUAUAGCGAAAUUAUCAUUAAAAUAGGCAAUGAAGUUAGCACUGGAAAGUGCAACGAAGUUAUCACUGAGGAGCGUAGCCAAGCUAAUAAUGGAGAGUGCAGCGAAGUUAGCAAUGGAGAAUACAGCGAUGUUAGCAAUGGAGAAUACAGCGAAGUUAGCGUUAGUGAUGGCAAUAGUAGGAGGCAAGAUCAGCUGUGAUGGUAAACAAAGCUUCACUAGGUGACCAGCCUCUCAACAAAUAACUCGGAAGUGCAGCAGUUCAUCACAGAUUUCAUACUUCAACUGCUUGUAUGAUGUAGCCUCAGAAGCAAAUUAAUGUUACACAGAAUAUGUGCACCGAGAGAUAAAGAUGACUACAUGCGAAAGUGACCGCCUCUCCUGGACAGGACAUAGCCUUGUUUUGGCUAAUAGCUUGUAUCGUCUGUAUGCACAAUCAAGUCUGCUGGACGUGAGGCUGGUGUGUGACGAGGCACACAUUUAUGCCCAUAAGGCUGUGUUGGCAGCUGGCAGUCGAUUCUUCUUGGAGCGUUUGCAGUCAUUGGGCUCAGGAAUGGUAGAGCUCCAGAUGUCCACUGCAAACUUAGGCAUGCUCAUUUCCCCAAAUGAUCUACGAGCAGUGGUGGAGUACAUGUACUGUGGGGAGCUCCUGGUUCCUCAUCACCGCUUGCCACAUGUAUUGGCCCUAGUGAGAGCCCUUCAAGUCUUUGGCUUCCAGGCUGAUGCAGGGUAUAUUGCAGCUCCAGAGCCACAGUAUAUAGCACAUGCAGAGAUGAAUUAUGCCUCCAUAGAUGUCUCAGGAGUAAUGGAAAUCCCUAUAGAAAGUUCACACAUGCAAUUAGAAAGAACUGAAAAUAAUGGUAGCGGGCUUGGUGACAGCACCUCUAUUCCACUUGUAACUGUUAAACCCCAUGAUCAGAAUAUACUUCAGGAUCCUCCUAAAUAUUCUGAGCCAUUGAAAAUAGAUACAAAUAUUAGCACACUGACCUCAAGCAAUAUGUCAUUUAGUGAAUUAUGCACUGCACCAGGGACAGAUGGAGAUAUAUUUGCUAUUCAGUGCAGUCAGAUGAAGAAUAACAUUCCUUCAAUAUUUGAAAGUUCUGUUUUAGAAGAAACUACAUCAGUUUUCAAGAACAGACCUCCUGAGUGUGGCGAGAUGUACAAUAAGCCUGACAGUGAUGUCAUGUACACACGGACUAUCCUUAAUUUUAGGGGGGAACCUGAUGCUGUUAUUGAAGGAGGAGGAAGAACAAUGACUGCAUCCUUAGAAGAUCAUGGAAAAGAGGAGCGGAGUGUUCAACUGGACCCCCGACAAUCCAAUACCUGUGACCUAGAAGGAGAUACAGAUGAUGCCUACAAUACUGUCAUGUUGUUGGAAGCUCUGGCAGCAGAAGCCCCCAGUCCAUCAGUCGUAGAUGUGGAGAACAUUCUCUUGACUGAUGAAACAAAAAUGGCCAUUAGUCCCAGGUGGCUGCGAUCUCGGAGGUCUCUAAGGGCAACUGCGGAUUCUCGAGUUCGAUUGAAAGUGAAGGAUAGCAUUGGAGGUGUGUCUCUGCAGGACACAUCUCAGCGGCAAUCAGCAGUUUCCUCUUCUCUCCAUUCAGUCAACCCAGAAGAUGAAGCAAGGAUCAAGGACAACAAGGAGAACUGGAUGGUGGUGUUGCCUGAUGCUCGUUCUUCAGUGAUUCCUCAUAUACCUGGCACCAGCACUCUUCACACACAAGCAUCUAUGACUGAUGCUGACACUGCCACAUUGUCACAAAUUACAAAUGAAGCUCCUGUGCAUGUACAAUCUUCUCUUGCUAAUUCUUCCUUUUUAAAUAGGGCUACUGCCUCUAAUGGAGUUCCUUUGAUAGCCUCUCCCAUGCCUAUGUCUGCUCCACUUUUAACACAAUCUUCAUGUCCAAGCAGUAUAUCAAUGUUCACACACCCCACUGUGUCCAACACUAAUUCAUUAUUAGUACAGUCUUCUCUUACCAAUCCCAAUCCUUUGUUAACACAAUCAAACAUUUCUUUUGCUCCAUUUCUUCAGCCCUCUGUUUUAUCAGCGGCUGUUGUCAAUCAAUCUGAUCUCUCACAUGUUCAUCAUACUAUCUCUACUCUUCCAUUGCAGGCUCUGUCUGUUCAAUCUAUAGAUUCUGAAAUUGCAGUUUCUUAUUCUUCUGAUAUUCCUUAUUCUCAGUCUACUAGUCCUAUGUUCACACAGUCUUCUUCCUCUCCUGCACAUAUCUUUUCUCAAACAUCAUCAGUUCCCCCUCAUGUGCAGUCUCCAAUUUCCACUUCUUCCCCUCUAAGUGAGUCUUCUGUCUCAAUUCUGACCCCUGUCACACAGUCAGAUACACCUGCUAGCUCUGUUACAUUUGCCUCAUCUUCACAUUCAUCAGCAACCCCAGUUUCUCAACUUGUACAAUCAUCUGAGUCUUCUGUUUGUAGCUCAAGUAUUUCAGAUUCACUUGCUCUACAGUCUCCCAUUUCUAAUAGCAUUCUUACUCAGCUAUCCUUGUCUACUCCUGUAUUGGCAGUAGCCUCAUCCUCUGCAUCUUCCUUUCUCUCACAAUCAUCUUCAAGUCCACUAGCCAUAGAGUCUUCUAAUAUUUUAACUCCUACCUAUCCUGCAGUUGUAGCAUCUCCAUCUUCUCAUCCAUCUAGCCAUGUCACCUGCUCUUUAUCAAAUCCAACUUUCCCAUUUACUUCUUCAUCAUCUUCCUUGGCAAGUUCUUCACCAAUUGUAUCUUGGCCCAAUUCACUAUAUGUAUCUCACACAACAACUUCUUUAACAGACUCCUCUAUUGCAGCUCUUUCCCCUUCAGCUAAAUCUUUUAGCAACACUAGAAUAUCGGCCACUUCAUCUUUGCAUCAAGGAAGUGCAUUACCAGUAACCACAAAAGCCAUCACAAACUCUUCUCCAAACAUUCCUCAGUCUGUAAGCACUGGAAAUAAUAAAACAUCUCUCACCACCACCAUUACUACCACCACUGCUACCAGUACCUCUAUGCUCUCUUCAAAUGAUGUUAAACACACUACAACUCCCUCAAGCAUUGCACCAUCUAGUCCUGGUUUAGUGUCAGAAGAAGGUCGCAGUGACAGUGAGGACGAGAAUGCUCAUCAGUGUUCGCAGUGCCCAGGAACAUUUAAGAAUUUAGAUAAACUUACUCUUCAUCUAUGGAAUGAACAUGAAAUUGGUACUGUAGCUAGAUGUCAGUUGUGUGACUACAGCAGUCCUCUACACAGUUCCCUGGUAAAACAUGCAGCUUCUCAUAUUACCAAAGAGUGUAUUACCUGUGCAAUAUGCAGCAAAAAGUUCAAGACUCGUGCCACAAUCAAAACCCAUCUCCGAGUGCACCGUGGAGAGGAGGUUAUGUACAAGUGUGAAUCCUGUCCAGUGAUGUAUAGCCAAAAGUUCAACCUGAUCAAACACUUGGCAUCAAAGCACCAGUGUGAUGCUGAUGGACGGCCUCUCACACAGUCACUCUCAUGCCCUUACUGUGCCUUUACUACUCUUGCUGAUUACAAGCUUAAAGCCCAUAUUGUGCGCCGUCACACUGUGGAUAAACCUUUUAAGUGUAAUCACUGUACAUAUGCAACAACAGAGAAGACAGCUCUGGCUAAACAUAUACGGACACACACUAAAGAACGUCCAUAUGUUUGUGAGACUUGUGGAUUCCAUGCACCAACCCUGAGUAGUUUGUGGCGUCAUCGUCGAAGUCACACUGGAGAAAAGCCAUUUGAAUGUGAACAGUGUGGGCAACAAUAUGCAGAUAGCAAACGUUUGCGAGAUCAUAUGUAUAAGCACAACAAUGUCAAACCAUUCAUGUGUCACAUGUGUGGCUACACAUGCAGGCGCAAGGACAAUUUGCAGGUUAGUUAUUCUCUGGCUUUGAUUAAUAUCUUUCUUCACAAGAUCAAAAGGGACAGAGGACAAGAAAGACGAUGGUGCACCAGUUUACGUGCCCCUCCACUACCCCGAUUAGGUAAAGCCAAAAAAGUGAAAUUGGUGACUGUAGUCGAAUCUACUGAUCCCCUCAAACCUACACAAGAGAUUACCUGCCACCGAGCCUCGCAACAAGUUAACUGCUUAGAUGAUAUCAAGGUUAAAGUGGCACCAGAGAUAUCUAAGUCACAGGUAUGGUCUGAACACAGCUAUGACAACCGUAACAUGACACAGAGUAGCAAUGGUGGAUCUGUGUUGCUCGGCAGUACUACACCAGUUAUUGCAUGUGAAAUGAAUAGUGCUGGAGGGAGAGAACUGGUGGCAUCUCAUACAUCUUUUACAACUACACUUGCUGCACCAGCACUUCAAAGUCCUGGUUGUAUGGCCAUUGGUGGAACUGCACCAGCAUUGCAGCUUGGUUAUCUGUUACCCAUCACUGCUCCAGCAGACCCUAGCAUAGCUUUGACCUCUACUGAUGGAGUGAUAUUAGUUGGUCAACCAGAAGUUCCUCAUACAUCAAAGCCAUUUCUAUGAACUUUGCUUUUAAGUAAAUUAUAUUUCUCUAUAUCAGAUUAUAUUUUGUAUCAAAUGUUAAAAAAAAAUCCAUUUUAUACAACCCUUGAUCACUGGCCUUUCGAUAUACAAAAUGAUACCAAAGAUUUUUGUACUAUAUUUAAAAUAAAUGCUUUUUAACUGUGUAAUACCAUUUUGUACUGUACUUACAAUUCUUGUACAGUAUGUGGAAGUAGAUUUUCCUUCACUAUUAUGUUCACCCCCCACUCGAGGGAGAUUCCUUGAUGCUGGUGAGGGGCUCUUGCUCCUAGGAAUUGGACUUGUUAAUGCCCUUGCAGCAAAUCUGAUUGCCUCCCAUACUCUAGGUAUUGUGUGACCCUUCUGGGUUUAGUAAGCCUCAAGACUCAGAACCUUCACUUUUUGAGGGAUGAAUACAGUUAAUUUUUUUUUUUAUAGAAAAUUCUUUUGAAUAUUACUUUACAACAAUAUACAUGUAUUAUGAGAAAUAUACAUUUUCCUAGCUGAAUUAUGGUAUACCUGGAGAGAGUUCCGGGGGUCAACGCCCCCACGGCCCUGUCUGUGACCAGGCCAACAAGUGGGGGGGAGGGAGGGAAGGGGAGUAGAGACUUGUUAGUAUGACAUUUUGCCUAUGCAUGUAUGUUGCUUGAAUCACAAAGUCAGUUCCUGGUAACUUGUUUUUCAUGUUUAAUGAUAGUUUUAUGUAUGCAUUUGCUUCCAUGUGAUGAUUUUAAAGAUAAGUAUAGAUGCUAAUUCAUCUACCCCUCUCUGUUACUUUCCUGGUGUAAGAGGUGGUUUUUCUUGAAGCUUGUGAGACAUGCAUCUCUGUGUACUGUACAUCUGUGUCAUAUCCACCCUACUGGCACAUCUGUUUUUGUUGUGGAGGACAAUACAUGGAAUGCAUGCCUGGUACAAACAUGCAUGCACAUACAUGAACUUCAGGCAAGCCCACCUUAUAUAAAAAAACCAAGAGGGGUUAUUAUGUCUUGAAUUAGCAACUAUACCUGUCUCUAGACCCAUCACAUGGAAGAGAGGCAAAUGUAUUUUAUAAAAUUCCAUCACUAAAUUAUUCCCAGACAUGAAAAAUGCAAAUAACCAGGAACCAACAACAAUAUUCAGGCCACAUCCAACAUUGCCACACCUCACCUACACCAGAUGUGACUUCAACUUCAACCUUGCACAGCACCUGACUACAACUUCUUGGCACUGUUGUGAUCUGAGCUUAAAGCCAUAUGUAGGGAAAAAUCCAUACUAACAAAGGUUUCCUUUUGCUAUACAUUUUUGUUGAACUAUCAUUACAGUACCUUAAAAAAGCAAUUGACUGACAGGGACCAAUCAGUACUAUUAUAAUACAAUUCUAAUGAAUUGAUUUAGGACUUUCCAUGAAUAACACUAAGCCAAACUGCUUUAUCAUACCACAUUGUAAUGUAUAUGUGCAACACUUGGGUACUUUUAAUGCCAAAAUAUUUUGCCCAUGGGCAGGGCUCAGUAAAAUUCAGAAAUGACAUGUACUGGAGACAGUGGAAGUAGACAGGUAAUUUUAAGGUGUUCAUUCCCUUAGCUUUAACAGGUGUUCAGUCUAUUAUCCUAAAUCACAGGCAUGAUUAUUAUUAUAAUCAAAAAGAAGCGCUAAGCCACAAGGACUAUACAGCGCUGCAGGGCAGGAAGGAUUAUUAUUAUUAUAAUCAAAAAGAAGCGCUAAGCCACAAGGAAGCCCCUCAAGGAAGGUUCCUUGAUGUUGGUGAGGGGCUCUUGAUUUAGGGAAUUGGAUCUGUGCUCCAGUUCCCCAAAUUAAGCCUGAAUGCCUUCCACAUCCCCCCCCCCCCCCAGGCGCUGUAUAAUCCUCCGGGUUUAGCGCUUCCCCCUUGAUUGUAAUAAUAAUAAUAAGCCACAAGGACUAUACAGCGCUGCAGGGCAGGAAGGAAGCGAGGGCAUCAGGUGGCAAAAGGGAGAUGGAUGAGUAAUAGGUAACAGCGGGGUAGUGGAUGGUGAAAGGGUAAAGGGCAGCAAGAGACUGAACUAGAAAGGGCUGAGGGGAGUGCGAAAAGUAUCAUCAGAGUUUGUGGAGUAAAUCAGUCGUUGUCAAGAAGUCAAUGAGAGAGUCAGGAUUAAAGGAGGGUCCUUCAGCAAGAAGGGAAGGUAAAGAGAGAGUAGUAGAACGAGGACGACAUUGGAGGUAAAUUCUGCGUGCUCGUUGAUAGAGAGGGCAGUCUAACAGAAUGUGGCUAAUCGAUACUGGAACUUGACACUGCUCACAGAGAGGAACAGGGUGCCUCUCCAUGAGAUACCCAUGAGUAAGACGAUUGUGGCCAAUGCGAAGGCGGGAGAGAGUGGUCUCCCAACCUCGGCACUGAUGACAAGAAGACGGCCAGUAACCUAUGCUCGGUUUAAUAGAAUGAAGUUUGUUACUGAGCAGAGUUGACCAACGUUGUUGCCAACGGGUGCGA